AUUCUUUUGUUUUAAUAGGUUUUUUUAAGUACAACUUGGGUGGAGGAAAUUGAAUCCGGGACUUUUUUGUUAAGUUAAGAUCAUGUUGGCAAAAUCAUAUUAUUCACAUCUCUAUCUCACACAUUUCCUCUUCUAGAUCUAUAUAUAUUUUGAAGUAUGUGGGUGCAUAACAUCAUCUAUAGAGAGUGCACAAAGUUCCCUAUAUAAUUUGAAGGAAUCAAAACAGAAGAAGAAGAAGAAGAUCAUGGAAGCAGUAGUGCAAAUUGUGUCAAGAGAAAUCAUCAAGCCAGCACCCAAUUGUAGAACAAAGUUUAAGGAAUAUGAUCAAAAAACCUUCAAACUUUCAUUCAUGGAUAUACUGUCUCCUGAGUGUUACAUUCCCAUCACUUUCUUCUACCCCAAUACUCAUUAUUUCGACAACAAAGAAGAAACAAGUCGUAGAUUGAAAUUUAGUCUCUCAAAAACAUUGGCACAAUUCCCAAUUCUUGCUACAAGAAUCAAAGAAAACCUUAUCCAUUAUUCCUUUGAUGAUGAUGAUGAUGAUAUUAUUGGUGCUCUCUUUGUAGAAGCCAACGUCAAAAUGAGCAUGGAUGAAUUUCUGAAGUCCCCAAAUCUCAAUUUGCUUAAAACAUUCCUUCCAUUUCCAUUCAUUCCAAACCAAGAAGAGAAAGCUAUGCAAAUCGGUGUUCAAGUAAAUUUUUUUACUUGUGGUGGGAUUGGAAUUGGGGUUUCUUUGUUGCAUACACUUAUUGAUGGAACAACAAUGAGUAGUUUCAUUAAGUGUUGGGCUAAAUUUUGUGAAGAAGAAGAUGAUGAUCAUGAAGGGAAAUACUCCUGUGGUGGUGAUUAUAGUUUAACUUGUUCACUUUUUCCAUACAGAGAAGUUUCAAAUGGGUUUCGUUUGAUAUCAUCAGAAACUCCAUUUGUAGUGGAGAAAGGAAAAAGGAGCACUACAAGAAGAUUUGUUUUUGAUGAAAUGGCAAUAUUAAAACUAAAAGAUAAAGCUAAAUCUACAAGCGCUUGUAAUCCAACAACUGUUGAAGUUGCUACUUGCUUCAUAUGGAAAUAUGCCAUGAAAGCUGCCUCAAGAUGUAAAUCAUUUGAAAAGAAACUAGAAGGCCCAUGCUUUGCCAAUUCAGACUGCUUGCAGUCAGUUUUGGUUCAUACAGUGAACAUGAGGAAAAGAAUAAUGCACCCACCACUAUCAGAAAACAACAUCGGCAACCUUUUCUGGAGGAGUUGUGCAUAUUUCAAAUCAUUUUCAAACAAAGACAUAGAUUUGGCUGAUCUACAAAUCACAGUUAGACAAUCAAUAUCUGAGGUCAACAAUAACAAUUUCUUUCAACAAGCAAUAGCAUCCCAAUGUACUACUCUUUUGAGUUCCUUACGACGAUUACAUCGACUUUACGCCAUGUGUUCCGAGUCUUAUUUGUUUACGAGUUGGCGUAACAUGGGUUUCAACGGAGUGGAUUUUGGAUGGGGAAAGCCUUUGUGGGUUGCUGGCGGAGGAAAUGUAUUUGACUCUAUUACAAGAAACUUGGUUAUUUUGAUGGAUACAAUGGUGGGGAAUGGAGUUGAAGCAUGGGUUGUGUUGGAUGAUGAGACGAUGAAGUUGUUGGAAAAUGACUGUGAGUUUCUCGAGUUUGCUUCACCAAACCCGAGUAUCUGUUAGAGACAAGGAUGUAUGAAGAUCAAUACUCUCCACAUUAUCUUUAUAAUGAUAUUAUAUGAAAUAUUUUCGUUGUUUUAUGUAGUUAGUGUGAGAUUUGAUCGUUUAUCAUGUAUUGUCGUGUUUGUCCAUGGUGGUUGGAAUCAAUUAAUUAGAAUUUAUGUUUCAAAUAAAGUGUUGUAAUUUCUAGUCACCACUAUGAUGCUUAUACUAUGGCUUUGAAUUAGAAGACUUUUCUUUGA